AUGACCACCUACAUGUAUGGAAAGCCCUCACCGUCCAAGGAUAACAGGAACCAGCGUGGUCCACCAGGUACAUCAAUGCCCAUCACUCCAGCAACUAUAGCACGACUUCGCCCCGCCCGCGUAUUCCAAAAAGCUGUCGAUCCUGCGCCUCCUUCUGACCCUUCAGCACCACAUACCAUUACCUCGCUCUCGUUUGACAACACCGGGGAGUUCCUCGUCACCGCAGGGGAGGACGAAGCUUUCAGACUGUACAACUGCCGGCAGGGGAAACUUGUCAAGCCGUUCUGGAGCAAGAAGUAUGGUGUCGACCUCGCCACUUUCACACAUAAGAGCACGACGAUUCUGCAUGCGAGUACGAAGGAGGAUAAUACAGUGAGGUAUCAUAGUUUACACGAUAACCGAUAUUUGCAGUACUUUAAGGGCCAUCAACGACGGGUAAUAUGUAUCCAAAUGUCUCCGGUGGACGACACCUUCCUCACCUCCUCGUUGGACAAGACCGUCCGUCUCUGGGAUCUUCGCAGUCCCACCUGCCGCGGACUCCUAAACCUCCCCCGCGCCCCAGUAGUAGCGUACGACAACACCGGUGUCGUCUUCGCCGUCGCACUCUCCUCUCCACCCAGAAUAGCGCUCUACGACGCCUCUGCAUGGGAUACGGAACCAUUCCUCUCCGUGGAGCUGAACGAUACCCAGCUGGCGCAACGUGCCUUCCCGCCCCGGGUACCCGUCGUCACCUCCCUCCAGUUCUCCUCAAAUGGCAAAUGGCUACUCGUAGGCACCGCAGGCGAGGUACACUAUGUGCUUGACUCCUUCAACGGCGACCUCCUUGCUAGAUUGGAAGGACAUCAAGGGUUAGAGAGGGGCAAGCACCCUGGCGCAGCAGCGGACAUCGUCCCCCGACGCGGGAUCUCCGGGCAAGAAGUAACUUUCACACCCGAUAGCAAGUUCGUCAUCUCCGGUUCUCACACGGGCCGGUGGCACGCCUGGGACCUGUUGAAUAAGGAGGAGACGAUGUCUGGCGCACUGGUGGGGAAGGAGCAGGAAGUGAGAACUGUGUUGCCGAGUUUUGGACUGGAGGGGCAUUCGGCACCCGUGAGGUGUGUGAGGUGGAACCCGAGGUUUGCGAUGAUGGCUACUGCGGGAGAGGAACUGGCGUUCUGGCUCCCGGAGAGAAAAUUUGAGCCACCCAGGAGGGAGGAGAGGGAGAGGAGACCAAGUGGGGAUGUCAGGAUGGACGGACGAUGA